AUGACGGCAGGCGCGCACGAGAACUUCCGGUACACGAGGACGUUGAUAAUCGAGGAUGUGCGGCUUCCCGCAGAGCCUCAUGUCCCUAGUGCAGUAGCGUGGAUCAGUGAAGAUGAUUCGAUGGAGCAGUGUACACCGGAAGAACGAGAUGAUUGCUUAUACUCGCUCAUCAAGCACUUGCCUGAUGGCGCAUUACGUCGCUUCUCCACAGAGUGGAACGAGACACAGGAGCACUUGCAACUACCGUCGAUAUCCAGCGGUCGGGCGCUUUCUCUCAGAAUCACCGUAGAUGAUGGGCAAACUUGGCCAGACUUGGAGAUCGCCUCGGGCAACGCUCGUCCGAAGAGCAUGGUCAAGGAGCUUCGCUUACUACAUGUCUCUGCGUGGAACCUUUUCCGACCAUUAUCUUCUCUGUACAACUUGUCUCAGUUGACACAUCUGAGUCUGUUGGGCUCUUAUGGCACUGCGUUUCUCGAGGCUUUUGAAGAAGCCUUCGUCAGAGGUCAAAUUGACGUGCAACUUCCGCUCCAACAUAUAGCUGUGGAAUACCAAGACAGCGAACAGGUUGACAUUCUCGAGUAUGAUGCUAGCCUUGUACGCAUCUACCGAGCUUGUAAAACGGUCAAGUCCUUACACGUUUGGUGGGAAUCUAACGUCCCCGAAGAACGACCGGAAAGGAUAUUGAAGCUGCUAAAGAAUUCAGCAGGAGCGCUGGAGCUUUUGAGUCUCUCACAUUGGGGACGUAGUGAGACGCUUAGACAUGAGGAGUUUGACGAGAUUUGUAACGCUUGUCCCGGCGUACGACAACUCGCUAUUGAAAUAGCUGAGAAUGUACUCGGUCCCAUUAUCGAAGGCGGGUGCUACCGAGACUUUCUGGCCUCAAUCAAGAAGCUGAGAGAGUUACGCUUCAUUCAUCUCCGUCUACCCUACUCCCACCACAUCGGCAAAGACGAACAUGGCCAGUGGUCCCUUGACAUCCUCGUCGCCCAAAUGAAGCAGUUUGCCAACAGGCUCUUUGGCGAAUUGCACGUCGCAGGCUGCUGUCCGCUACUCGAGGGUCUGGUCAUUGGCCAUAUGGUGGAAGUCCGGCCAGGAAUCGGGAGCUGGAGUGUCCCCAUCCCACAGUGCUGCUUUAUACGCGAAAUGGAGAACAAUGGCAAAGACUGGAGAGUGUCAGUCGCUGUUCCUGUUUCUAGAGCGAUGCUUCUCGGUGGCCAAUAUGAGGACUGCUGUAUAAUAGCGACGCUGAUGUAUUCCCCCGCGAAGACCUCGGGCUUUGCUCAAAACUAA